CUUUGCCGCGCAGUAACUUGCAUGGCUUGCGAAGGCUCGCCUUGUACCUGCUCAGUCCAUAUAGAAUGUCUCCAGGUCGUCAUCCGGCACUGCAGCGCCCAUGAUGCCCUUGAUCGGCUCUGGCUUGUGUGCGCCUGGCGGCGCCAAUUGUGGACCGGCGCCCUUAUUCCUCCACUCGGACUGACGAGGGAUUCGAUAUUGGGCUCCGACAUGUUAACCUUGCUUGAAUGCGCCGAGCGCUGUGGGUUGCGGCAGCUCAAGGCUCUCCCUGUGGAACUUCUCAGGGAUAUCCAAACGCUGUCGCGACCCCACCUCUUGUGGCGUUAUAUCACUGCUGUGAAUAUGGCCAAGCAACUGUCUAUUGCACCUUCGUACCCUCUACAGUCUUUUCCUCUAGGCGCCGUUGCUUCGUGGCAGCGCGGUAGCGCUCCGAGGCUCGCCGUCGAUGGCAGAUGGCAUGAUCUCCCCCCAGUUGUUCGCCUUACCAUCGAUAUGAACGGUCUCAAGGCGCUUGAUCGGCUAUCGGAACCCCCGGUAUACCAGUCACGGCGCUUCGAUGACUUGCUUUUUAUCACUGAUAUACAAAGCCGUUUUUCCGAUACAACUGCACACUUUAAGAACGGGCUUCUACAUCUCACCGUGCCGGAUAUGGACUGCGGACUCCAAGUAUGGGAUACGCCAACUCCUCCUGACCUACAGAGAUGCCCUGUUCGCCCGGAGGCCAUCGCCGCCUGCCUCCGCUUCCACACUAUCAACGUCAACGAAUUAAGCGGCCUUACAUUUUUCUUUCACAACGGCCGAGCAAUGGCAAUUCAUGCGCACUCAAGAACAAUGCCUUCGGCCAGCCUAGUAUUCAGCAGUCUUGGUGAUUGGUGUCAAUCGCGUGUCGUGUGGACAUACGUGCCACUCCCUCCCGGGGACCCCUUAACUCGGAUUGGCUGUCUGUUGGGAACUAACACUCUCUCAAAGCUUCGCACUUCUUCGGCAGGCGACACAGUUGUUGGACGGUAUCAAGCCGGCGGUGAGGGCCGAUUCAUCAUCAGCAACCAGCGGCCGACGACUUUGAUCUACUCAACGGGCCGCUUUCGCCCGAUAUCUGUCAUCUCGCCAUACUCGAAUGCGGAGCAAACCGGCACACUGAUAGAGCCUCGCACCUAUCCACGACCGGAGCAGUUCCCAUCCCCAGGUUGGCAUUUUUCUUGUGCACCGUUGGACAAUGUUAGGCGGAUCCAAGUCUUCCUCGAGGAAGAUAGCCUCCAUUGCAGAGGCUUGCUGCUCGAGUACGAAGGUGGUGGACAGAGAGCGUUGGGGCAGUGCCGUCUUCUCGUAGAUCAGACCAAGACGUACAGCCGGCCGUCGCGGAUCGCGUUUACGAAUGUGCUCCGCUUGCCAGCGGGCUCAGAAUUCGACCUUGAGGCGACAAAAGUUGCGUUUGACGAGAUACCAGAAGGUGGCGACGGCUGGUCGAGUUUUGGCAUGACAGGCACGCUCUGGUUCUGGUUCACGGAGAAGGAGACGCGACUCGAGAUGUACACGUCUGCUGCUGACCCCGAAAGCACAACAAGCGAGGAAUGA